AGGCGUUGGACAUUCGAACAGAAACGGCGCGGCUUGUAUUUUGGAGACAGCUGUUGAAAAGAAUACAGCGAUUAAAGUUUUUAAAACCGAUGUAGUAGCAGUUCAGAGGGUAAUCUAAAGGGUCUAGAAAACGCCUGUUCUAUGUGUCGGAAGAUUAACAGUGGCGUUUAAUUGGAUGAGCGCGUCUUCACUGUCCACUUCGUGAGAAAGAUGGACCUGUUCAAGACGAGAUGCGUCAUUGUUGAACUGUUUAUCCAAAUGACCCUCUUUGAGGCGGUGUGGCCAUUGAACCAGAAUGACGUCAAUGUUUGCAGUGUUUGGGAAAGCUUCUCCACACUUGUAAAGGAGUCUUAUGCACACCCCGUGGAUCACGUGUAUGAAGAGCCAUGUGCAGACACAUGGAACAGGAAAUGUACACGGCACAUGAUCACAUAUCGGACUGCUUAUAGGCAGGGAGUGAAAACUGACUACAGGAGGCGCUACCAGUGUUGCCCAGGAUAUUAUGAGAGCAGAAAUGCUUGUGUUCCACGAUGUACACAAGAGUGUGUUCAUGGGCGCUGCCUGGCUCCUGAUCGUUGCCAGUGUGAGCCAGGAUGGCGUGGAGAGAACUGCACCAGUUCCUGUGAUGCUCAACACUGGGGACCUGACUGCAAGAAUGAAUGCGAAUGUCAAAACAAAGGAUGGUGUGACCCAAUGUCAGGAGUCUGUGUUUGUCGUAAUGGCUACUUUGGCUCCAACUGCAAAAACUCCUGUCCUUCAGGGACCUAUGGCAAGGCCUGCAAGAAGAAGUGCCAAUGUGGGCCUGGAGCCACCUGUGACAAAGAAUCUGGGGAGUGCACUUGCGCAGAGGGUUAUACUGGAGACCUUUGUCAGACAGCUUGCACAUCCAAACCUUGUCCUCAUCACUGUCCUUGUCAAAAUGGUGGAAUCUGCCAAGGAAGAGGUAUCUGUCUGUGUCCACAAGGCUGGACGGGGUCAGUAUGCACCGAAUCUUGCCCCCCAGGUUGGCAUGGGAUUAAUUGUUCUCUUGAGUGUUUGUGCUACAACAAGGGGCAGUGUAUUCCCACAGAUGGACACUGCAACUGUACAGUAGGCUUCACUGGAGAAAGGUGUCAGGAAGAAUGUCCAGUGGGUUGGUAUGGGAAAGAUUGUACUGAGCAAUGCAACUGCGAGAAUGGUGCCCGCUGUUACCAUAUCAAUGGGGCAUGUCUUUGUGCACAAGGUUUUACUGGCCCACGCUGUAACCAAAGGAUGUGUCCAGAUGGUUUUUAUGGGAUGAAAUGUGAUCAGGCCUGUCUCUGCCAGGAGGAGCAUACUCUCAGCUGUCAUCCAUUAAAGGGAGAAUGCACCUGUAUGCCAGGCUGGGCAGGGCUCUUUUGUAAUGAGACCUGUCCUCAUGGAUACUUUGGGACAGAAUGCCGAGAGCCCUGUCUUUGUCUUAAUGGAGGAACUUGUAACAGUGAGACCGGACUCUGCCACUGUACCCCUGGCUAUUUGGGAAGGCACUGUUCUCAUCACUGUGCUCCUGGCACCUUUGGCACUAACUGCUCAUCUGAGUGUGUGUGUAAGAAUGCUGUGGCCUGCUCACAUAUUGAUGGAACCUGCUUCUGCAAAGAAGGUUGGCUCGGGCCGGAUUGCUCUAUACCCUGUUCCAGUGGUACCUGGGGUCAGAACUGCAAUCUAACAUGCCAGUGUUUCAAUGGAGCAUCUUGUAACCCCCUAGAUGGGUCAUGUUCUUGUACCCCAGGCUGGAGAGGAGAAAGAUGUGAUCAACCUUGUCCAGAUGGUAUGUAUGGACCGAGCUGUGGACUGCAAUGUAAAUGUGAGAAUGCAAAUGGAUGUGACCAUAUUACUGGAGACUGCCAGUGCCUUCCUGGCUGGAUUGGUGCAUCCUGUGACCAGCCCUGUGAAGAGGGUUACUGGGGGCCCAAAUGCAGCAAAAACUGUAACUGCAAGAAUGGCGCCACCUGCCUGGCCUCAAAUGGAACCUGCCAGUGUGCUCCUGGAUUUGAGGGUCCAAAAUGUGAACAAAACUGCCUGGCCAACACAUUUGGCCGUGACUGCACCCAGAGAUGUCCACCUUGUGUUCACAGCACUGCCACCUGCCAUCACAUCACUGGACAAUGCGACUGUGAUCCCGGCUAUAUGGGCCCACUCUGCAGUGAAGGCUGUCCUGCAGGACACUAUGGAAAGCAUUGUACCAGCAUUUGCAAAUGCUUCAAUGGUUCUUCAUGCAACUCAGUUGAUGGAUCAUGUACCUGCUUACCAGGAUGGACGGGCAGCGACUGUAUGCUGAGAUGUACCUCUGGAACAUUUGGGCUUAGGUGCCUCCAGAUCUGCUCUUGCCCCAAUAAUGUUACUUGUGACCCCGAGACAGGAAAGUGUUCAUGUGAGUUAAGCAGAUCAGGAGACUGCAUCACAGAUGUGAAAGGAAGCUCAGUUAUUCCAGUGGUACCACUUGAGAGGGAUUCCCUUGGGGCAAUCAUCGGCAUUGUUGUUUUAGUCAUUUUGGUGGUUCUGCUGCUUGCACUCCUUAUUAUCUGUCGCUGCCGACAAAGGGGCAAGGAGAGCCGGGUGCCUGCUGUAUCCUACUCUUCCUCUCAUGUGAUCAAUUCAGAAUAUGCCAUCCCAGAUGUCCCUCACACCUACCAUCAUUACUAUUCGAACCCAAGCUAUCACACUCUGUCUCAAUGUGGAGUGAUGCCACCUGAUCCCCCAAAGAACCGUGAACGAGGAAACUCAGUGAAGACAGCCAAUAAUCCGAUUUUCUCCAAUGUAAAGAACUUGGAGAGGGAGCGUCUGGGCCCAUAUGGACCAGAGUGUAAUGCCACUUUACCAGCAGACUGGAAACAUCACGCCACAGCACUCUGCAAGGAUAUUGGAGCCCUUGGAAUAGACAGAAGCUUCAGCUACAGCAACAGUUUGGGAAAAUAUCACAAUAAAGAAUAUGGCAACGAUCCCCCUCUGGACCUGAGCAGCACCUCCCUGAACAGUGAAAACCUUUAUGCAACAAUUAAGGACUUGCCCAUGCUUAUCAGCAAGACUUCAGAGAGCAGCUACAUGGAAAUGAAGUCACCAGUGCAUAGGGAGCGAUCUUAUGCUGAAAUUGUGGUUCUUGCAGCACCACCAAGCAAAGUAAAAGAUUCUGACUUGGAGAGGAGGUCCUUGGUAGAAGUGCCUGAAAGCCCCACUCAUAAUCACUAUGAUCUGCCAAAAAAUAGCCACAUUCCCUGUCACUAUGAUCUUCCUCCUGUGCGCCAACCUCCAUGUCCAAAGCCCCAGAAGCUAAAUCGAUGAAAAACAGAGGAGCAGUGGAUUGUGGAUUAUGCCUCUUAGAGACAUUUUUGCAGAACAGGAACAGGAGAUAUAUUGGAUACAAAAUGCCCCCACGAAGGGCAGCUUCCUUACUGCAGCAUCACAUUGCUCACAGAAGCAAACAGGACACAAGUGUUUUUGUCUUCAAAAGAGAUGUCCUGUAUGUCUUCUUCUACCAUGUACUGAGACUCAAACAUCUGAGAUGAUCAGGUACUUGUGUCUUCUGUCUGUAUUUGUUAACUUUAAAGAGGUAAACAAAAAAAAGAAACUGCUAUGAACAAUUUUAAUGCUGUGGUCCAAAGACUUUUGUUGGACUCAAAAAAGAAAGAAAUCUGAACAAAAUAAGCCAAACAAAAACAGGAUUCAGUAAAACUUGGAAACUGGUGACACCACAAUGUUGGUCAAAGUUAACCCUUAGGUGACUCUAAAAUAAGCAGCAGUUAUCUUGGACAUAUUUGACAAGUGUGUACAUUACUAGCACUGCUCAGCCGUGCUAUUUGGAAUUUCAGCCUGAAAAGUGUUAAUUCAUGGAUGGUUGGUAAAUCUAAACAUCACCUUGAUGCUUUCAGUUAAGUAUUAAGUAAAGACUAUGCCUCUUACCCAUGCAUGCAUUCCUAUCAUCAGAGCUUUACCACAGUGUGCUGUUUUUGAUUUUCCUGUAGCUUUAAAUACCAUCAACCUACAGCAGCAGCUGCAGUAUUUCAAAGGCUUCUUUGUGUUGAAUGUUGUUCAAAGAGAUAAGAUGCAAAAAAAUGCAAUGCAUUGUGCACUUACAGUAUACGAGGGAUAUCCAGAAAAAAAGGUUACAACAGCUGUUAAAA